GUUUGCUAGAGUAAAGGGCGAAGAAGUUAGCAGCGGAAGUGCUGUUCGACCAAAAUGAAACGUUUGUUUUAUAUCAGUAAUUUCGGUUCAACAUUCAUCAGCUAACGCUAAACCAUUCCGUUGAAACCAUAAGAUAAAACACUCGUUCUUUGAAGGAGGUGUUUUCUUUUUGGUCGAGUUUCACUAAAAAUUCGAUGCUUCUCCUGGACUAACCCGCCACAUUCUUUGGAAACGAAAACGAAGUAGGUAGCAGGAUGGAUCCUGCUCUGUUUAAGGAGAGGGAAUUGUUCAAGAAGAGAGCUCUGUCCACACCCACUGUAGAGAAGAAAACAUCUGCGUCUGAGCAUGGCUCCCACAAGAAGAAGGUCAAAGCUGAUAAGGAGAGCUCCUCUGGGUCCAAACACAAUCGUGAAUCCAGUAGUGGAACCUUGAAAAUUAAAGGUAGCUCUGGAUACAAGUUUGGUUGUCUGGCGAAAAUAGUAAAUUACAUGAAGACGAGGCAUCAGAAGGGUGACACACACUUUCUCACCCUAGAAGAGAUUCUCGAUGAGACCACACUUCUAGACAUCAGCCCAACGCAGAAACACUGGCUCAUGACAGAGGCUUUGGUCAGCAACCCAAAAAUCGAGGUGCGUGAUGGGAAGUAUGGCUUUAAGCCAAAAUACAACCUAAAGGACAAGAAAGCUCUCCUGAGGCUGCUGGAUAAACACAAUCUGGAUGGACUGGGUGGAGUGCACCUGGACGACGUUGAGGAGGGGCUGCCCAACGCAGCCAAGGCUAUUAAGGCUUUGGGGGAUCAGAUCGUGUUUGUGACAAGACCAGACAAAAAGAAGGUCCUCUUUUACAAUGACAAGAACUCUCAGUUUGUGAUUGAUGAAGAAUUCCAGAAGCUGUGGAGGACCGUUACUGUAGAUUCCAUAGAGGAAGAGAAAAUUGAAGACUACUUGAAGAGACAAGGGAUCUCUUCCAUGCAGGAAACCGGACCAAAGAAAGUGAUACCAGUUCAAAAGAGGAAGAGGCCGACUAUGCAGAGAAAGAGGACAUUCAAAAGGCAUAAUGACCAUAUGGCUGGUGUUCUGGAGGACUAUUCAGACGAUGUACCUCCAAAGAAGUGAAUGUUACUUCCAAGACGAUGCGGGAGCAUCUGGACAUACAGAGUGUAAAUAAAUUGUUUUCA